CUCCACUCACAUCUUUUAAUCUUGAAGACUAUAGAAUACACCUGGAUCUACCACUUUUUUGGAAAAUUUCUCUACCAAGCAAUAAGCUACCCACUGUGCUCUUAUAGUAUAGAAGCUUUUGAGUUCUCUAAAUUGAAACAAGAUUUCCUUCUAUUUUCCCAUGAAGCCACAUUGUUGCUUAUUCACUUUAGUGGUGAGUGUCAUUGUGCCAGCUGCUUUUGUUUUGGAAGAUGUGGACUUCAACCAAAUGGCCCCACUGGGAGAAAAUCAUAGUGCUUACAAUGCAUCAUUUCCCUCAAGCUUUGAACUCUCACCAAGUUCCCACUCAGGUGAUGAUGUCAUCAUAGCGAAAGAGGGAACUAGUGUUUCAAUGGAGUGUCUUCUCACAGCUGGUCACUAUGAAGAUGUCCAUUGGUACAACUCAAAAGGACAGCAACUGGAUGGCAGAGGCAGAGGUGGAAAAUGGUUGAUUUCUGAUAACUUCCUAAACAUCACCAACGUAGCCUUUGAUGACCGUGGGCUCUAUACGUGUUUCGUCACCUCUCCAACUCAUGCCUCCUACUCUGUCACCCUACGUGUUAUCUUCACCUCAGGAGACAUGAGUGUGUAUUACAUGAUUGUUUGCCUGAUCGCCUUUACAAUCACUCUCAUCUUGAAUGUCACACGGCUGUGCAUGAUGAGCAGCCAUCUUCGCAAGACCGAGAAGGCCAUCAAUGAAUUCUUUAGAACUGAAGGGGCUGAGAAACUUCAGAAGGCCUUUGAGAUUGCAAAACGCAUCCCCAUCAUCACUUCAGCCAAAACUCUGGAGCUCGCCAAAGUCACACAAUUUAAGACCAUGGAGUUUGCACGUUAUAUUGAAGAACUGGCAAGAAGUGUUCCUCUUCCACCCCUCAUCCUAAACUGUAGAGCUUUUGUGGAGGAAAUGUUUGAGGCUGUGCGAGUGGAUGACCCUGAUGACAUGGGAGAAAGAAUUAAAGAGAGACCGGCUUUGAAUGCUCAAGGUGGCAUAUAUGUCAUUAACCCAGAGAUGGGGCGGAGUAAUUCACCAGGAGGAGAUUCAGAUGAUGGCUCUCUGAAUGAACAAGGCCAGGAGAUAGCAGUUCAGGUUUCUGUCCACCUUCAGUCAGAGACCAAAAGUAUUGAUACAGAUUCUCAAGACAGCAGUCAUUUCAGCCCACCUGAUGAUAUAGGAUCUGCCGAAUCUAAUUCUAACUACAAAGAUGGGACAUAUGAAAACUGUCAGCUGUAGGCUAUCCCAGUACCUACAAAAACAACUCUCAGAAAAGGAACCUGUUUCUUGGAAGAAACAAUAUUCUUACCAAAAGAUGACUGGGGUUUUCCCUUUGUUAAUAUUAAGCACAUGAGAACGUGAAUUGCCAAAAUCUUUGUAAAAAUGCAGUGGUUUUCCUAUCUGAUAUUACUCAGUCGAUUUCCCUGAGCUUGAGUAAAUGAUGCAUGUUAAGAUUUAAGGAGCCUGAGAGAUAAACAUGAUAGGAAAAGUACUUAACUAAGAGUCCAUGGUUUCUCUUCUAGUCACAGAUAUUCCAUUGGUACUGUCGGACACUUAGCUUGAGGCCUCAGUUUCCCCAUCAGUAAGAUGCAGGAUUUGCAUUAGAUGAGAUCUGAAGUGGUUUCUAGCCCCAUAACGUCUUACCCUUCACCUUAAACCACCAAAAUCUUCAGCACAUCUCCAAGUAAACCUUUCCCUAGACUUUUGGUCCCUUCAUUUGGAAAGAAUCAAGCUUAAACUUUAGUCUGUGAUCCAGAUUUCGACACCAAUGUCAUAAGGUGCAGGAGUAUGGGUGUUUUUUCGAUACUUUGCCUUGUGGAGUGUUCAAUGAUAUGUGCUAGGUUGAAUGUCUUCAAUGUAGCACAUGUCUAUAUUGUUAUACAGAUAUCAGGGAGCUAACUGCUCUUUUGUAAACUACUUUCCAUGAGUAAAUUAAUCCUUCUUGGGGGCAUGUCGUGUCUUUUUAACUUACUGAGACAUCAUUUAGUUCAGUGAGGCUGGCAGUGAUUUCCCAACUGAUCUCCUGAAGCGAGCGAUUUGUUCCUAAGGAAUAAUGUCUUUGAUGCUUUUAGAAUAAGAACAAUGUCAAAUCAUCUGUCUCUGGAAAAUCAUGGAUUUUGAUAUUUCUGUUAAUAGGAUGUCUCAGGCUUUCCUUUUUUAAAGUACUGGGCUCUACAAGUGGGUUCUAUGUCUGGGAUCCCAUUCUAGGAUAAAACCCAGAGCUGGAUUCCUCCUUAGACCUCUGUCAACACUCUCACCCUCUGUGGUCUUAAAUAUGGUGCUAGCGGUUGAAUGCUUCCUAAUCUUGUUUGUUUUGUUUUAUAUUUUGUUAAGGUUUUUAUUUUUGUGUAUUUCAGAUAUAUAAUUCUGAACUAGGGCUGCUUUUCUGGCCUUUCUGAGAAGCGCUUACCUGAAAUAAGAUUAGGUAACUGUGAGGGUAUGUCACACAUAUUAAAAUACACACACACACACACACACACACACACACAAAUGAUCUAGACAUGAAGAGGGAGAAAAAUGAUGGAAGACUCCACGUGGUUCAAUUGUGUGUAAUAAACACGAUGGCAUUUCUUGCCUCGCUGAGAUAUGAUAUAAUGGAAUUGAAAUACUCAUCAGAACAAUUUUUUCAGCUACAGGAAGCUUGGUGCCCUAUAAUUUUAAGAACUUGGCAGUGGAGCUCCAUUUGGGGCUUCACAUUUCUUCAUUUGACUUCUGAUUAUUGAAGCAUUACUUGAACUGGAGGCUCCUGAGGGAAAUGUUCAGGGGAGGUUUUAUCAGGAUUUUAAUUUAAGGUUUCAAACAGAGGAAGACAGGAAAUUCAACGUGUGACCAGAUAGAACUUAGGCCUUUCUUUGUCCAGGCUUAUCAGAAGUAAUAUGUCUGCUCUGGAUAGCAUGAAUGAAUCGAUGUGCAGUUUUAUCAGAUGGCAUUACAGAUAAAGUGAUAAUGCUGCCUUUUCUGUCUCUCAGGCUGUUUCCAUGGAAACCUUCAGAGCCAAACAAAAGCUAACCAAUCAUUUAGCCAA